UGCACAGCAGCUCUGAGCCUACUAUGGAUCCAACACCAUCUGUUGGGUCACAUAGUCUCCUGGCAUUCCCUGCCCCUCAUCUUCAGCAUGGCCAAGCCCCAGGAGUCCUCCAAAGAAAUGUUUGCUCCGAGGGCAGGACAUGAUGUUUCUUGAUGAGAUGCUGUUGGGCCUGCCAUUUCAGGCAGGUCAGCGACGUAGACAUGUGCGAGGGUCCCUCCCGCAUCUCCGGGCCCAUCCCUCCAGAUCCCACGCUAUGCCCUGACUACUACCAGUGGCCGGCCUCGGCUCAAGGGCGCCUUGAGGGAAAUGCGCUGAAGCUGGACCUGCUGACCUCGGACCGAGACCUGGACGACAUACCUCUGCGUGGCCCACGCAUUAGGCCUGGAGCCCGAGAGAUCCUGGAGCAAGGCCAGCAUGGUGUGGGGGAUUUGCUGCUGCAAUUAGAGGGCAUCUCCCUUGGUCCAGGGGCCUCUCCCAAGAGGCCCAUGUGUAGGGCACAGCCUGGCAGCAUCUUUUCCCCAGGAAAGGACCCUAAAGACCACAAAAAAGAAAACCUGAGGCGGAUCAGGGAGAUCCAGAGGCGCUUCAGAGAGCAGGAGCACAGCCGGGAGCAGGUCCAACCCAGGCCCCUGAAGGCACUGUGGCACUCAUCCAAGUAUGAUAAGGUGGUGUCCCGAGUCAAGGCCCAUCUGCAGAAGCCUAGCCCUGCCUCUGUGAUACAGCCUGCCCACUUCCUUCGGGCACACUCCCGCUGUGGCCCUGGGCUCCCACCACCCCGUGUCCCCAGUCCCCAGCUUACUCCAGCAAGUCCUAAAGCUAAGGGGCCAGGCAUAGGUGUGGACUUCAUUAGUCACAAUGCCCAAGCUGCGAAGAGAGCCCCCCAGCGCCAUUCCCGCUCACUGCAGAUCCUGGCCCAGGUGCUGGAGAGACAGCGGCAAGCCCAGGAGCACUACAACACCACACAGAAAGGCCUUGUUCCCCAUUAUUUGUUGGAGCGCAAAGAUCUGUGGCGGCGGGAGGCUGAGGCCAGGCAGAAUAGCCAGCCAGAUCCCACCAUGCCCCCUGGCCACACUCGCAUGCCUGAGAACCAGCGGCUGGAGACACUAAAUAAUCUGCUGCAGAGCCAGAGUCAGCUGCUGCGUGAGCUAGUACUGCUGCCUGCUGGAGCAGACUCACUGAGAGCCCAGGGGCACCGUGCUGAGCUAGACCGGAAGCUGGUACAGGUGGAAGAAGCCAUCAAGAUCUUUUCCCGGCCCAAAGUGUUUGUGAAGAUGGACUCCUGAACCCCUUUUUAGGGACAGGGGCAAGGAGUUCCAUGCUGAGGAUUGCCACAUGGCUGCAAAGGGCAGGGUCAGGCCCCAUCACAGAGCAGAAGUCUGAAGACAGCAACAGUGGGGUGCACCGUAUACCCAGGGCACUCUUCCCAGUCACCAGUGCCUACAGAAGAACCAUCCCAACCUUUUAACCCCUUUGUCAAAAUUAAACGUUUUAUACAGACUG